GUUCCUGAAAAGUAUGGCCCAUUUUAUUUUGAUCAGCCUAUUGAUCAUUUUUCAUUAAAUAAAACUACAUUUAAACAUCGUUAUUGGGCCAAUACGGAUGCAUAUAAGCCUGGAGGUCCUGUCAUUUUAUAUAAUGCUGGGGAAGUUGCUGCUGAUGAGCGCUCGUUGUAUGUCUUAAAUUCCACUAUGCUUGAGUUAGCCAGAAAUUUAAAUGGUAUCCUUAUUGUUAUGGAGCAUAGAUUUUAUGGUUUAUCUAUGCCUGCCUUAGACUUUUCUACUGAAGCAUUAGCCACUUUGAAUACAGAGCAGGCUCUUGAGGAUAUGGCUUCAUUUAUUAGAGACUUGAAGUUACCUAACCUUAACGCUGAACUUCCACCUGCGCCUACAACAAAAUACAUAGUGUAUGGAGGUAGCUAUAGUGGCAACUUGGCUGCAUGGAUGCGUCUAAAAUACCCUGAUCUUGUGUUUGCAGCUAUACCUUCUUCUGCACCAGUACAAAUGAGUUAUAAUUUUUACCAAUAUUUUGAACCUAUUCUUCAAUAUGGUCCUGAACAUUGUAUACAUGCUAUUCGUUCUGUCAUAUUAUAUGUAGAUCAUAUCUUAUUUAGUCCACUUUCAGAUAAAUCCUCCUUGAAAAAGAAGUUUGGAGCUGAAGAUUUGAAGCAUGAUGAUGACUUUGCUGAAUGUAAUAUGAUGACAACCCUUAUUACUUUUUUUUUUCUUUUUCUUUUUCCCUCCUGUAUAUCAUUCAUAUAUUAA